GCAGCGAGGAGCCGGAGAAUGCGCGUGUCGAAGUGAGCGGCGGCCCGCGAUGCCCGCCUCGCUUGGCGAGUGAAUGAGCUCGCGAUGCCGGGCGACCACCGGGAGCGGACCGGGCGCGCCUCCGCCGUCCCCCCGCCAGAUGGCGCUGUCGCCGACCUCGCGAGUUGACGCGCUCGGCCACGAUGAAAGUGCUCAUAGCGGGAGCCCUCACCAUCCUCGUCUACCUCAAGCUCUACAGGUGCGAGCCGCUGAAGCUCUACUCGCACGACGGUAACACCAUCCGCCACGGGAAGCUCAAGCACAUCCUCUACAACGCCAACCCCAACAACGAGGAGUUCUACGGAACCAAGUCCACCAUCCGCGUCGAGCGCUCCAGCCCUGACUGGGAGGAGAAUCCGGUAGGGGCGCCACCCGUCACCACCGAGAUCUCCGCUUUGUUCAACGCUAGCGACUCGGAGAACCUAACCUCGCAGAUCCUGGAGCUGAAGAGCGACAUCUACAACCUGUACCAGAUGUCGAAUAAGAGCGCGAAGAACGUGACGUUGGACGUGGAGGGGGAGGACUUCGACGAGGUGCGGCAGCGGCACCCCAAAGAUGAGUCGGACGCGGGUGAUCUGCCCGAGCUGGACGAGAACAUCAGCAACCAGCCGGAGCGGGAGGACAUCGUCUCGUAUUUCCUGAAGAAGGUCGAGUCGCAGCACACCCUCGGCGGUAAUUGCGAGGCCGGCACCGAGCUCAAUUUGGGCGAGGGCGUCGUCGAUCGAUACGCACAGGAGCGAUUCCGGGUUGAAGCGGACGUGGCGGUGAAUCGUGCGAACAUGCUGACGCGGCUGUGGAAGUACGCGCCGGCCCCGGUGAUGGAGUCGGAGUACCUGCUCCACGCGGGGGUCAUCUCCAUGGUGGAGUUCGACGACGACAUCUUCGCGGCGGGCAACUGCUACGACGAGAACCAGUACAAGGGCUACCGGCUCUUCUGCCCGUACGCCUACCGGCUCCCCGAGGGCCCGAUCCUGGCCAAGGACCUCGCCGUCGAGUACAAGUACCUCAGCAACACCAGCGAGUGGUUCUACAUCGCCCGCAAGAACGCCGAGAACGUCAUCAGGAAAAAUACUCAGUUCCGCAAAGCUUUCAACACGUACACGCACAAAUUAAACGCGACGGUAACCGCGCACACGCCCCGGGAGCACGAUGAAAUCCUCGUCGUCACCUACGAAGAUGGAAAGUGGAGUAAACCUUACUACGACUGUGGAGGGGGCAAUAUUUGGAUGCUCACCUACACGGUCCCUUUUUUUGGAUACGGCAACAGCUCGUACUUUUUCAAAGGGACGAGCGGAAUUGACAUCGACUUGCGGAGGGUGGACAUCGACCAGUGCCCGCUGCCGCCGGACAGCACGCAUUUCAACAUCUUCGCCGCAUCCGACAAAUGCAAAAAGCGCACAACAGAGUGUGUUUCAGUGCCUGGGCUGGGCUUCCGCCGGGGGAGUUACAAAUGCGUUUGCAAGAAGCGCUUCUACUUCCCGGACACGAAGGCCGCCGACCCCUAUUUCAAUGGCUCCGUCAUCGAGGAGGAGUACGAAAAAUUGAUGAUGAACGAGGACAACGACUACAACAAGACGGGGAUUUUCGAGUGUCUGCCGUGUGCGGAGGGCUGCGAGGCGUGCAAAGACGGGCGGCCGUGCGUCGUGUCGCUCAACUGGAUGUUGCGGGCGGCCAUUCUCAUCCUCUCCUGCGCCGUCAUCCUCUGCCUCCCCGUCGUCGUCCUCUUCACCUGGAAAUAUCGAAAUGUCAAGGUGAUCCGAGCCGCAAGUCCAGUUUUGCUGCGAGUAAUCGCGCUGGGCGCAUUUUUUAUUUACGUAACGACAAUAGUCAUGUAUCCAGUUCCAAAUGUCAUCACAUGCACAGCAAGAGUAUGGCUGAGGGAAAUUGGUUUCAUGUUAGUUUACGGAGCGCUGAUGCUAAAAACUUGGAGAAUAUCUGUGAUUUUUCGGGUGCGAUCCGCGAAAGCUGUGAAGAUCACGGACAUGGAUCUCCUGAAACGACUAGGAAUGAUGCUAAUGGCCUUUUCGAUCCUCCUCUUGAUUCGAACAUUGGUAGCACCUCCCACGGUGAUCGUUGGUCGAACAGCGGAAGAUCUGAAAGCAUAUCUCUGUUCCACAGACUGGUGGGACCACUCAUUUUCCUUGCUGGAAGUAAUGUUCUUAAUCUGGGGAAUCCGACUGUGCAUAGUCGUCAGGAAAGCGCCCUCGGAAUUCAACGAGAGUCGAUUUAUUUCCAUGGCAAUUUACAACGAAUUCCUUCUUUCCGUCUUUCUCAACGUCUCCAUGUUAUUUUUGCAGUCACCCGCCAACCCGGAUCUUUUGUACAUAAUUUUUUUCUGCCACACUCAGCUCACAGUUACACUUCUCCUCUGCCUAAUUUUCGGUAGUAAGGCUUACAUGGUAUUAAAAGGACACGGGAAAUCGGAGGAAGCCCUGAGUGUCGUCUCCAAAUCUCAAGCCGCCAGGUUCAUGUCGAAGCCGCGAUCAACGAACCACUCGCAAUCUCAGGCGACGAACAACGCGUGCACUGCUUAUAUUUUAGAAUACAGCAACAUCUCAGAUCACGAUAUUCAGGAGGAGUUCCGGCGUCUGUACAAGCAGCUGGGCAAACUGCGAGAGGAGAACAUGAGGCAAGGGAACCGGCACCUGGCCGCGCGGAUAUCCGCCAUGCAGGAGGCCGGCCGACAAGGCUACGCCGACGACGACAUCCUCGAGGAGGACAGCUCCGACUGCAUCCUGACCACGGAACUCUACGUGGUCAACAAGACCGAGUCGGUCGAGGUCCAGGUCAACAGCGAGGACAUCGCGUCCGCCUCCACGCCGCCGGUGGCGCGCUCUACGGACGAAGCCCGAAGCUCCGAGGAAGUCUCUCACUCGCAAAGCGAGCAGUCCAACUCGCGGACGGCCAAACCGAAAACCAAGACGAAAACGAAAUGCUCAAGAAAGUUGUUGCACAAGAAAUUAGGGAAUAGUAAGACGGCGGAGAAAUCGGGUGCCGCCAACGCGGCUGCGACCGAGAGCAACCCGACGAGCCCGAAUAGUUCGAAUAAUUGUUGUAAAUCGCCUAAUUUGAAGUCGGGUCACGCCAAGACCCACGCAAUUGUAAUUAAUUUAGAUGAUAAGAAUAGGUUCACGGAGGAGGUCACCGUAUGACUUUGGUUUUUCCUUCAUGUGGGGAAGCCCUUCGCUAGGCAAAUGCGGGAUGAGACAUUGUUUCGGUCGAAUUUUUGCAUAUGGGUUAGAUUUUUUGACGUAUUGCCAACCUUCGUUACAAACAUGAAAAUUAACUUUGGCUUUUGUGGUGCGUUUACAAUAUUUGAGUUUAUAUCUUGAAAGGACUGACGCUUUCGUCAACAAUUUUGGAUGCACGAGGAGAAAAAUAAAACUUUUCCAAUAUUUUCUCAUAGAUAGAUGAAGAGAACUUGUGAAAAGAUCUAAAAAGUUACAAGUCGUAGCUUUCUAAUGCGCCAUACAAAUGAAAAUUUGGUCCAAACUGGGGUUUUCUAAUCCUAUCCCCAAUCCGCGCUGGUCAAAUUUCAUUUUAAGUCCCGGAUGCAACUAUUCGAACUCUGUGGAUGCCCGUGUUGCAUGCGCACGGAGUUGAAGGCGUUUUGACUGUCCGAGCACUCAGCUUUUCACCCGCGGCCAGCGGCGUGGGGCGCGGUGUCAACGGCAGGCUUUACGCUUUACUGCGAGGAUCCAAAUUGGCAAAACGCUUUCAAAUCUUAGUUUGUACUUCAGAGAUAUCUUCUUGCUUGCGGUAAGCAACAACUGCAGGAGCUCGUUUCCUAUGACAAACAAUUUAACGGAAUAACCUUCUGAUAGAGGUCGGACAUGAAAUGUUUUACUAAAAUUUCAAACUUUAAUGUCCAUUACUUCGCAUUUUAAAGUUCAAGGGGUGUCUCUUGAAGGAAAAUUAAUGAGGGCAUUAGCAUUUAAAGUUUCAAAAUCAUGUCCGACUUUUCGUACUAACUCGAUCCAUUCUGUGAUGCUCCGUCUUUUGGACCCGCGCGAAGUAGAGGUUGAUCAAGAAAAACCCAAUUUUUUAAGGUUCUACAGGACCACGUUUUAAUUUCUGUAAUGCAUUAUAAAGCUGAAAAUAGUAUUUUUUAGAACUCUUUACAGUUCUUUUAAACUAUUGCAGUUUAGGAUAAAUAUUGAAUAGGUAAACUUACUUGCUGGACAACCCUCGUAACCCCCUGAUUAGGGCUCGUAAAUGGUUGAAUAAAGACACUGGCACUAAAAUUUGAGUAACAAGAUCAAACUGCUGCUACCAAACCGGCGAGAGCAGGGUUUUUAUUUGUUAUCAAUACAUUGUUUGUUUGUAUAAUUCGUUCACUUUGCCGAUUCGGUCGCUAUCAGUUUGAUCAUGCGUCGAAGCGUAAGUUAAAUUACUACCGAUUCAAGUCAUCAACCUCUGUAGGUUACAACCCUCUUUUUAGUGUUCAAAAGGUACCGAAUUCAUUCGCGAAAAUAAAACUGAAAAUUACUUCGAAUUUGAGAAACUCCUCUUCAUCCUGUACUCAGUGUACUCUCGUGUAAAUCACUGUGUCACCACGUUAAUGCAGAGUUAGUCAAUUUUCAAGAGAAAAGUAAAAUAGGCGGGUUUGAUCAGGAGUACUGUCAUUUUUCCAGAGGUAUCUCCGACUUUAUCAUAAGUAAUGUUAAGUAGAUCGGUGUCACCUGCACGCGCGGUGUUCAAAUUGGACGUAUUUCUGCCACACGGAACUAUGUGCAUUAUUACGUGAGCCCUGUUAUGCAUGUAUUCUUAUGGGUCUCAGGGCUAAUGUAUGAAUGCGUUUGGCAGAAAUACGUCCAAUUUGCACUGGGAUUUGUCCGAUUAGGUGCUUGUGAAAUAUGCGGAUUUCACUGAAAGAGCUGUCAUUUUUCGUGAACCUGGUUUCCUCAUCGAUGAAAAAUUUCCACCGGCAAUGAUAAUGUUUGCAUCGUGAUUCACAGUUUUGGCAAAGCGUGAGACGUGUAGAUCAUAAAAAUGUCACGGGAAAUUUUCAUACAUUUUGUUCCCUAAUUAGAUUUUUCCGACUUAAUUUUUGACAGUCCUGAACAUUACGCAUAAAUGAAAAGGUGAAUGCUCCGAUACACUUUUUUAUAACACGUGUGAAUAUUACGAUGCUCUGGAGGCAAUAAUGUUUUGAGUUUUAUUUUUGUUUUGCAAUAAUAUCUUAUAGAGCCGUAUUUCCAUUUAUUCAUGCACAUAAACGUUUUUUUGAUUGUUCGUUACUUAAGUAUAUGCUCUUUCUUUUCAAUGUGAGAACCCGUUUUCUUAUAACUCAUAAUUGUUCUCAAAGAGCUAAUUUUAUAUUCUGCCUGCAAUUGCAAGCGGAGACGCAAUUUUUAAUGUUAACAUCAUAAUCGAAUUCUUUCUGAAACUUAAAACAAAACAUGAUUACAUAUUUUCAAAUACACGUUACCAAAAUAAAGUUUUCUCGUGAUAAUUACUUUUUUAAAAUUUUGACCAAUGAACAAAAGGAUUUUACUGGAUAAAGCAAUGCACGAAUGUAUUUAUCAUCUGUUUAUCUUACAGUAUAUUGUGCGCUGAAAGAUUCAUUGAUUUCGUUUCUUUAAACUGAUAAUGAAUGGUUAAUCAUUCGAUUCUCUUUUCUUUUUAUGUAUGUUCUGUUUUUAGAUCAUUAAGACGCUGUCUUGAUUUGUAUACAGGCAGUAUAAUAUUCCUGCAAAUUUGUAAAGAGUUAUUUGAACAAGACUUUUUUUCCUCUCAGA